AUGGGCGGAGUGAAGCGACGACUGGCGGCGGAAACAGUCUCCGCGGUGCGCGACGAUGGCGAUGCGGCGACGACGGUGGCGACGAAAGCGAAGAGGAGUGAGCGACGGCUGACGAGGGAGAUGGAUCGGAACGAGCAGGCCGAGGCGGCGCGGCGCGACGAGGGGCGAGAAGAUCGAUUCGGCGAAUACGAAGAGCGCGAGGAGAGCGGGGAGAGCGGGGAGAGCGGGGACGAGGGGACAGAGAAGAUCGUGGCGGAAGCAGGGGAGAAAGGGGAGGAAGCGGGUGGGGAAGGGGAGGAGGUUGAGGAGGAGGAGGAGGAGGAGGAGGAGGAGGAGGAGGAGGAGGAGGAGGAGGAGGAGGAGGAGGAGGAGGAGGAGGAGGAGGAGGAGGAGGAGGAGGAGGAGGAAAAGGUGGAUUAUGGAGAAGACGAGAUUGAUAGAGAGGAAUACGAGGGGGAGGGUAAGGAGGAGCGGGAGGGGGGAAAUGGCCGAAAUGCAGAAAAGACGAGGGAAGAGGGGGCGGGUAAAGAGGAGGAGGAAGAGGAAGGGAAGGAGGCGGAGGAGGGGGAAGAGGAGGAGUCGGAUGAGGAGAGUGAGGAGGGGGAAGAGGUGUGGGAGGGAAGGGAGCAGUCAAAGUCAGUGCAGGAGGGGGGUGAUGGAUGGAUGGAUGAAGAUGGCGAGGAGGAAGAAGAGGAGGAGGAAGAAGAGGAGGAGGGGGAGGAUGUGGAGGAGGAGGAGGACGACGAGGAAGAAGAGGAAGAAGAAGAGGAGGAAGAAGAGGAGGACGGGGAGGGGGAGGAGUUGAUGGAGGCGGAGAGGGCAGUGAGGGAGAGGGAGGUGAGGGGCGUGCGGGUGGAGGGCUUCCGUGUGGUGCGCCGCUCGGGCACUCGCCUGCACUUCUGCGCCAAGUGCCACUUCCCCAUCGCCUCCUACGGCCGCCUUGUAAGUUCCCCUGGCACGUCCCCCCAUCACCACCGCUCUCAACCGCACUACCACGUGCCUCUCCCCACUGCCUCGCGCACCUCACCUCCCCCCACUGCCUCGCGCACCUCCCCCCACUGCCUCACGCACCCCUCCUCUUUCACCUCCGCACCCCCCCUCCUUCACCUCUGCACCCCUCCUCUUUCACCUCCGCACCCCCCCUCCUUCACCUCUGCACCCCUCCUCUUUCACCUCCGCACCCCCCCUCCUUCACCUCUGCACCCCUCCUCUUUCACCUCCGCACCCCCCCUCUUUCACCUCUGCACCCCCCCUCUUUCACCUCUGCACCCCUCCUCUUUCACCUCCGCACCCCUCCUCUUUCACCUCCGCACCCCUCCUCUUUCACCUCCGCACCCCUCCUCUUUCACCUCCGCACCCCUCCUCUUUCACCUCUGCACCCCUCCUCUUUCACCUCCGCACCCCUCCUCUUUUGCCUCCGCAACCCCCCUCUUUCACCUCCACGUUCCCUCCUCAUUCUCCUCUCUCUCACUCCCUUCUGAGCUAGGCAUGAGCACGGUGCGCCUCUGUUCAUCCGUUUCCACCCCCGCCCGCCACCAGGAGCCUUGCACGCACGCAUUCUGCCUCAAGUGUGCCUCUGCGCUCAAAGCCUGCUACAGAAUUAUCACGCUAUUCACACCCAUCCGUCGCAACCUUCUUCCUUCUCCUCCUCCCCAUCCCCGUGACAUGACCAUCCUCCGCUCCCCUCCCCAUCUGUUCACCCAUCCCGCCAUCCCCUCACCCACCCCCUCACGCAUCCCCUCACCAUCCCGCCCUCCCAGCACCCUCUACAUCUGCGCUGCACCCAACUUCUACACCUUGUGCCUGGCGCCUAUCACAGCAGUGCACCCUGUCUCCGCGUACCAAGGAGGCCUCUACAUCUGCGCCGCCCCCAACUGCUUCCUCUCCUUCCCCCGCCUCUCUCUCCUCUCCUCCCACACCCGCUCCGCCCACCCAUCGAUCGCCCCCCACCCCUCCCGCCCCCACCUCCUCCUCCCCACUCCUCCCUCACUCACUCCCGCCACCUCGCCUGAAAGUAUAUGCGCGAUGGGAGGGGCGGAGGGAGGGGAGGAGGGGCAUGAAGAGGGGUGGCAUGGGCAGGGCUUUGGGCGGUCAGUGUUGGCGGAUGGGGGAGGGAAGGCAGUCGCAGUGGCAGGGGCGACAGCAGGGCUAGCAGGAGCAGCAGCGAUGGCAGCGGCAGUAGCAGCCGGAGCAGCAGGAGCGGGAUCAACAGGAGGAGCAGGAGCAGGGGGAGGAGGGGGAGGUUCAGGUGGAGUGGUUGGGGGGUCUGGGCCGAGUAGAGCAGGUGCAACUGCUGGGGUCCCUGCGAGUCCCUCUGGCGGUGUUGCUGCUGGGAGGCUGGGCGGAGGAAAGGCAGGAGGGGGCGGAGGAAUAGCAAGGGGAGGAGGGGGUGGGGGAGUCGGGGGUGGUGAAAGGGGAGCAGUGGGGGCAGUGGGGUCGGGUGCGGCUGGUGGAAGCUCACUCAGUGCAGGGCGGGCAUCCCCCACUGCUGCUCCCCUUCCCCCUUCACCUGCUGCCCUCAGGCCCUCCGCUUCCCCCCACGCCCCACCUGCUUCCCCACACGCCCCAGCCUCCCUCCCCCCUCCCCUCCCGCCGCCCGCGCGCCAGCCACCCCUCCCUCUGCACUCUGCUGGGCCCCCUCUUCCCUCUCCUCCAGAAUCUGCUCGUUCAGGCAGCUUUGCCCCGCUUGCACCCUCAUUGUCUCCCAUGCAACUGCAGCAGCAGCAGCAGCAGCAGCAGCAGCAGCAACAACAGCAGAAGCACCCUCCACUUCCGCCUCCCCCUUCAUCCCUUCCCUCCCGCCCCCUUCCACCUCCCUCACUCGCUCCCUCAAACCUCCCCCCACAACCCAACCCUCCCCCUGUCCCCCGCCCCCCUACCCUCCCUCAACCCCCCCUUCCACUGUCUGCUCCUCCUUCCUCCCCUUCCUCUACCUUCUUCUCUUCGCACACCCACUCUCCAUCCCACCCGCCUCUCCCUCCCAGCAGCAGUGCAUUCCAAUCCACUCCCCCUAAUCCUCCUCAUUCUGGCUUCCCUUCUCCCUCUCUCAAUCGUCCCCCUCUCCCUCCACCUCCCACCCCUUCCACCCCUCCCAACCCCUCACAAUCCACCCGGCAACCUCCCCUCCCUCCUCACUUCCCUUCCGCGCCCUCAUCUCUCCCACCCCAAUUCUCCUCUCCCCCUGCCCCUGCUCGCCCCCCCACUAUGCCCCCUCUCCCUGCCAACUACCUGCCUGCCACACCACCCACUCCCUCCUACCCUCCCUCUUCCCCCUCGCCCUCCCACCAACAGCAGCAGCAGCAGAACCAGCAAGCUCAGAAUUCCCGCAUUAUGGGAGGAGGCAUGGGAGGAGGUAUGGGAGGAGGUAUGGGGGGAGGCAUGGGGGGAGGCAUGGGAGGAGGCAUGGGAGGAGGCAUGGGAGGAGGCAUGGGAGGAGGCAUGGGAGGAGGCAUGGGAGGAGGAAUGGGAGGAGGUAUGGGAGGGAUGGCGCGAGAUGGAGGUGCCUUUGCAGGGGGGCAAUUCUUCCCCCAAGGGCCCUCUUCAGGGGGGCUGGGUGCUUUUGCUGCUGGCCCUGGUGGCGCCAUGGGAGGGGGAAUGGGAGGGGGCAUGGGAGGAGGGAUGGGAGGAGGGAUGGGUGGGGGAAUGGGAGGAGGUAUGGGAGGGGGGAUGAUGGGUGGAAGUAUGGGAGGGGUUGGGAUGGGUGGAGUGGAUGGAGGUGGUAUGACUGGCUAUAACAUGCCUCCACUUCCCCCUUCGAGGCAUGCAGGGCCGCACGGGAAUUAUCGCAUGGACAGGCCUGGAGAUGGGGCAGUCUUUCUUCCUCCAGCAGACGAGAAAGGCCACAAGAUGACACCACUUGUUUUCGCCGCCAAACCGCCGCGGCAUGAUGCACUCGGCGCGUCGCGAUCCGUCCUCGCCGCCGCCUCCUUGCUUCUCCUCCUCGCCUCGUCCAUCCCUCCCAUCGCCGGUGCCUCUUCGCCGACGGACCGCCGGAAUCUGCUGUCGGCUGCCACGUCAGCGCAGCUGACGGAAAUUCAGGGCGCGCUGGCGGCGCUGGCGGCGGGGAGCCCAGCGUUCCUCCUCAUGGCGUCGCAGUCAGAUUUGGUAACCACAAUGCGCGACAUUCUAGGAGGCAACAAGAAGGCCACCAUUCUCAUGCCCCUGCCCAACGCCAUGGAUGCUGUGGUGGGCGGUGCAGUGACAGUCUGUAACGGGUACACUACAGACGAAACUACACUCUAUCAAAUCAUUGACGGAUAUAAAUCACACGCGGAUCUGCUAGCGGGUGCUCCUGGCACGCAGUACUCAACGCUGCUUCCAGGAAAGUACCUGGUGAAGAACAGUGCAAGCAACGCAACGCACGUGGUGCUGCAGGCGCCAUCCAAUGAGCGCAACGCCACCAUAGUGUACCCCAACCUGUACAAGGGCACAUCCUUCUAUGUCCAUGGCAUUAACAAUAUACUCGUGCCCGACAAGCAAUGA